AUGGAGAGGCUUUGUGGUACAAUGGUCCAAGAGGUUUUUGAACUCACCGGUUAUGACAGGGUGAUGAUGGCCUAUAAAUUUCAUGAUGAUGAUGAUGAUCAUGGAGAAGUGGUCUAUGAAAUUACGAAGCCUGGCCUGGAGAGCCAUAUCUGGGUUUGCAUUUAUGAAGAAGCACGCGGCUCAGGUGGGAACUCCUUUUUGCGAACCCCUAUUUGCGGCUCCAUCUCAGCCAUCAAAGUGAUCUCAAUGGCUGGAGAGAAAAAGAGAGCUUACAAUAGAAAUGUGAAGGAGUUGAGUCUUAUUCAAUCUGUCUCCACCGAUAAUAGCUCUGUCAAUGAGUUGUCGAGCUGCCAUUGUGCUGCUGGUUUUGCAUCAGUGGAUUUUAUUAUUUGGAACUUAAUAACUGAGACCAAAGGUUGUGCAAAUUCCAUGCGGUGGAUGGAGUCGUCCUCAUUCCUAUUAUCUUGGAUGAAAUCAUUUAUAUUCAUAGGCAGUGGGUGCUUGAUGGUGAAAGGAAGAUACUCUCCAGGAAUUUGCAUAUGCAAUUCCAUGGGGGUGAGAUGCAUUCCCUAUGCUUUGUCCCAUAAAGAUUUCAACCUGGGGUAUAUGGGAAGCACAACCUCUUCUCUACAUCUAGUUGGAUUGCAACUGGGUGUGAAGAUAGAACUGUGA